AGGAUGUGGGGUCUUUAAAUGUGUCCGUGUUGCCGUCAAAACGAGAAUGUAAGAGUCGUUGCAUCCUGUGACUGGCUGCACUGAGAUCAGCUGCAUGUCGACGGAUAUAGCUUCUGAAAAACCCCGAGGAACCCUCGAAGAGGCCGGCUCGGUAUGUCGGAUGAAGAUUCCCGUGCCAGCACCAGCUCUUCCUCUUCUUCAUCAUCAACUCAUCAACUGCAGCCAGAUUUAAACACCCCAAAGAAACGAGAAAGCAAAGCCAGCAUGAGCAAGACCUCCAAACUCCUCUGUACCAGUGCUAAAAGAAUUCAGAAGGAGCUGGCGGACAUCACUUUGGAUCCUCCACCAAACUGCAGUGCCGGUCCCAAAGGAGACAACAUCUAUGAGUGGAGGUCGACCAUCCUGGGCCCUCCAGGCUCCGCGUACGAGGGAGGAGUGUUCUUCCUGGACAUCGGCUUCUCUCCAGACUACCCCUUCAAACCUCCCAAGGUGACUUUCCGUACGAGGAUCUAUCACUGCAACAUCAACAGUCAGGGCGUCAUCUGCCUGGACAUCCUGAAGGACAACUGGAGUCCUGCCCUCACCAUCUCCAAGGUCCUGCUGUCCAUCUGCUCCCUGCUCACUGACUGCAACCCUGCCGACCCUCUGGUUGGAAGCAUCGCCACACAGUACACAACAAACAGACCUGAACACGACAGGAUAGCCAAACAGUGGACCAAACGCUACGCCACAUAAUCACCAGAGGAGCUGCAGGUUGGAUGACUCGGGGAUGUGGGGGGGGGGGGUUGAAGUCUUAACUCCUGACAUUUUGUUGUUUGUUGUAUUUUUUUAAGUUAUCUCCGGCCCAACUAUAAUCAGGCAAUAAUGCGUUUAGUGUUUUCUCCUUUGAAUUUUUAGCUUGUGCUUGAAGACAAUAAAACUAAACUGCUUGAUGAAACGUCGCAGCAUGACUCCCACUCAACUAUGUUGGUGUAAGUUCUCACUUGUGUUCUCCCAGUCUUUGGAAAGGUGUUUCACACACGUAGCUGUGUUUAGAUAUGGAUGGAUAUUGGUUGUGAUUUGUGUUCUGUACUGAUAUAAGAAGCUGUUCUGUUUCUCCCUUAAGAAUUAAACAUGACCAACUGAAAGCC